AUGGCAGUGGCUACCAGAAAUACUGUGAUGCGGAAGGGGUCUUCCUCUUUCAGGCACAUGGAUCUCAGCCAAAGAGUUCCAUUGAUCCACACGAGCAGUAACUCUCUUUUACUAGUCAGUGCCAAAUCUUCUAAAUUGGGAAGAGAUGAUGAUGGAAACGACACUGAUGGAGCUUGCGGGGAUUCAGCCCACGACUCUCCUACCUCGAAGACAUGGGUAACUCAGUCGGUAUGCGAGAAUACCGGUGGCGUUGGGAAUGAUCCGAGAGAGGAUCGUUACUUCAGCAUUCCCAAACAAGCAAGGCUAAGUAGCCAAAGGGGGCAACCACCCCCAUAUUGGUGGAACUCCCAGUUAGCCUUGGAUUUUGUGGCGCAAAAUUAUGAUCCCGAGGGAGAAUAUGUAGCGUUCUGGUUGCCGGAGUUACAAGUACUUCCAAACGAUAAAAGGAACUUCCCUGGACAGUUGUAUAUGAAACCAAUUGUCGCUCUCAGAUUUGGGAACCACUAUAAGGUUGUGAGUUCGUCAGCUAGGCGAAUAAAGCCGGGAGGAAAACAAACUGAAAGGUCCUACAGAUAA